AUGUCUCAAUCCAGAGUGGAAACCCAGAAGCGGGCGGUCGCCGCAUCGGCGGCCGCUCAGCAGAGUGAUAAUAUCGCGCACGCAUUGGCAGGCGCUGGUGGAGGUAUCCUGUCCAUGGUCUUGACGUACCCUCUGAUCACCCUCUCUACGAGAGCCCAGGUCGAGUCCAAGCGGGCCCAAUCCACAACAAUCGAUGCCAUUCGGCGGAUCGUCCAGCGGGAAGGAUUUGGGGGACUGUAUUCCGGGCUGGAAUCGGCGCUCUUCGGCAUCAGCGUCACCAACUUCGUCUACUACUACUGGUACGAGUGGACCCGGUCGGCGUUUGAGAAGGCCGCCGUGAAGGCCGGCCGCGCCUCGAAGAAGCUCACCACGGCCGAGUCCAUGAUCGCGGGCGCCAUUGCCGGCAGCGCGACCGUCCUGAUCACCAACCCCAUCUGGGUCAUCAACACGCGUAUGACGGCCCGCAAGGCCAACGCCGACGAGCAGGCACUCCCCGGCGGCGCCGCCGCCAAGAAGUCGCGGCCGUCGACGAUCGGUACGCUCAUGGAGCUGCUGCGCCAGGAGGGCCCCAAGGCACUCUUUGCUGGUGUCCUGCCCGCACUGAUCCUCGUCAUCAACCCCAUUCUGCAGUACACCAUCUUCGAGCAGCUGAAGAACAUGGUGGAGCGCCGGCGGCGCAUGACGCCGAAGGAUGCGUUCUAUCUGGGUGCGCUGGGCAAGAUCCUGGCCACCUCAAUCACGUAUCCGUACAUCACCGUCAAGAGCCAGAUGCACGUGGCGAGCAAGGAUGGUCCCAAGGAGAGCCUGAACGGCAGCCUGAAGCGGAUCAUCAAGGAGGAGGGUUAUGUAGGUCUCUACAAAGGCAUUGGACCCAAGGUCACUCAGAGUGCGAUCACCGCGGCGUUCUUGUUUGCCUUCAAGGAUGUCUUGUAUGACAUGAUGGUGUCUCUGAGAAAGAGAGGCCGUGUUGCCAAGUAA